CAUACAUCUUUUCUCUCUGUCUCUCUCCUCUCCUCCCUUCUCUUCUCUUCUUCUUAAAAUAAAUAUAUAUAAAAGAAAAAUAAUCUCCUAUAGGAGAGAGCUAGUUCAUAAGGUAUAUAAGCCUUUCAAAUUUUUCAUCUCCUUCCUACUGAAGAAAUUCAGAUUUUCCUUUAAAAACCAUCAAAGGAUCAUGUAUCCCUGAUAUAUUAAGUUUUUCUUUUCUUUCUUCCUUUUCUGUCACACUAAACGUUAUCACCACAGUUUUUGAUAUUGGUGGCAUAAAAGGCUGCAGCAGCUUUGUCAUGACUUGCAAUGGGAUGGCUUUCUUCCCCACAAAUUUCAUGCUCCAAACCCCCCAUGAUGAUGACAAUCAACCUCCCACCUCUCUCAAUCCGAUGCUUCCUUCAUGCACCGCCCAAGACUUUCAUGGGGUGGCAUCAUUUCUAGGGAAGAGAUCAUCAAUGUCAUUUUCAGGGAUUGACGUCUGUGAAGAUGCAAAUGGGGAGGAUGAUUUGUCAGAUGAUGGCUCACAGGCUGGAGAAAAGAAGAGGAGGCUUAACAUGGAACAGGUCAAGACUCUGGAAAAGAAUUUUGAGUUGGGAAACAAGCUUGAACCCGAAAGGAAAAUGCAGUUGGCUAGAGCUCUUGGUUUGCAGCCAAGGCAGAUUGCCAUCUGGUUCCAAAACAGAAGAGCCAGGUGGAAAACCAAGCAACUUGAAAAGGACUAUGAUCACCUCAAGAGACAGUACGAAGCCAUAAAAGCAGAUAACGAUGCCCUUCAAGCUCAGAACCAAAAGCUUCAUGCAGAGAUAGUGGCACUAAAAAGCAGAGAACCAACUGAAUCUAUCAACCUCAACAAAGAAACUGAGGGUUCCUGCAGCAACAGAAGUGAAAACAGCUCAGAGGUAAAGCUAGAUAUCUCAAGGACUCCAGCAAUUGACAGCCCUCAUCCCACCAGCAGACCCCUUUUCCCUUCCUCCAUAAGGCCAACAUCCUUCACACAACUCUUCCACAACACAUCAUCAAGACCUGACCUCCAAUGCCCGAAAAUAGAUCAGAUUGUGAAAGAAGAAAGCAGCCUCACCAACAUGUUCUGCGCCAUUGACGAUCAAUCUGGUGGGAUUUGGCCAUGGCUGGAGCAGCAACAUUUCAAUUAAAGUUCGUUAUCGUAUCAAUUUUACGAGUUGGAAUUAAUAUAUCCAUGUUUUGGCAUUUACAUAUGAGUGAGUGGUGUAUAAAGUAGAAUGUUAUAUAUAUCAAGUUAAAGUUUUUCAAGAGGGCUGAAGAUGUUUAUGGAAGAAUGAAGUUUAAUUAUGUGUCCUUAGAUGAGUUUUUUAUAUAUAUAUAUAUAUACCAUAUGUUUCAUAGAGAGAGAUGGUUUCUAGGUUGGAUCAUGCAAAGAUAUAAUCCCAGGUCAAAUUUUUAAUACAUAUGAUAUGAUUUGCUGUUCAGUAGUUGUUAGCAUGGGCCAUGAAAUAAAAGAAAAUUCUCUCU